CAUCAAGUUAUCGCUACGGCUAACACAUGAUAAAAGCACCGUUACAGUUCUUGAAAGACCAUAAAACGAAUAAGAAUAAAGUGAAAAUAACAUGCCAAGUGAAAUAAUUACAUUGCAAUUAGGCCAAUGCGGCAACCAGAUUGGCUUCGAGUUUUGGAAGCGUCUUUGCCUAGAACAUGGCAUUUCCCCCGAAGGCGUUCUCGAGGACUUUGCUGCCGAUGGCCACGAUCACAAGGAUAUUUUUUUCUAUCAGGCAGACGACAACCAUUAUAUACCACGUGCUGUUCUACUUGAUUUGGAGCCUCGCGUCAUUCACAACAUUAUGAGCUCACCCUAUGCCAAACUCUACAAUCCGGAGAAUGUUUAUUUGUCGAAGCAUGGCGGCGGCGCUGGCAACAACUGGGCAUCUGGCUUUAGCCAGGGCGAAAAGGUCCAAGAGGAAGUCUUUGAUAUUUUGGAUCGCGAGGCCGAUGGCAGUGACUCUCUGGAAGGCUUUGUGCUUUGUCAUUCCAUAGCGGGAGGCACUGGCUCAGGCAUGGGAUCGUAUCUGCUGGAAAGAUUGUCAGAUCGAUUUCCCAAGAAGCUAAUACAAACGUAUAGCGUGUUUCCCAAUCAGGACGAGAUCAGCGACGUUGUUGUGCAGCCCUAUAACUCGAUACUGACGCUAAAGCGACUCACCAAGUGCGCCGACAGUGUUGUUGUGUUGGACAACACAGCUUUGAAUCGGAUUGCCACCGAGCGGCUUCACAUACAAACUCCCACAUUCACACAGAUCAACAAUCUGGUGUCCACGAUCAUGAGCGUGAGCACCAGCACCUUACGUUAUCCUUCGUAUAUGAAUAACAAUCUUAUUGGACUGACGGCACCUUUGAUUCCCACUCCACAACUGCACUUUUUGAUGACAGGCUACACCCCAUUAAUCACUGAUCACGAGGUGAGUUUGAAGGCGCUGAGAGAAUUCAAUGCUAAGCUUAUUGCUUUUCGAUUUAAAUCUAGACAAAAAACAAAUGUGCGCAAGACAACAGUUCUAGACGUUAUGCGUCGUCUACUGCAGCCAAAAAACAUGAUGGUGUCUUCGACAGCCGACAAGAGUCACUGCUACAUCUCCAUUCUUAACAUAAUCCAAGGCGAGGUAGAUCCGACCCAAGUGCACAAGUCACUGCAACGCAUUAGGGAGCGAAAGCUGGCCCAGUUUAUACCCUGGGCUCCGGCUAGCAUCCAGGUGGCAUUGUCAAGAAGUUCACCCUAUGUGCAGUCGGCGCACAAAGUGUCUGGUCUGAUGAUGGCUAAUAACACGGGCAUCAGUGCUCUCUUCAAUCGAGCUCUUCUCCAGUAUGACAAGCUGAGAAAGCGCAAUGCAUUUCUUGAACAAUUCAGGCGUGAGGCCAUCUUCCAGGAUGAUCUAAACGAACUGGAUUUGGCCCGCGAUACUGUUGACAGCCUAAUACAGGAAUACGUGGCCGCUACUAAAAUGGACUACAGAAACUGGAGUCCCGAUGCCAACGGUGUGAAGCCAUAAAAAUUCUAGUAGGCUGUGCCUGUUUCUUUAUAUAUUGUAGCCUUCCAUUUAUUUUUAACCUUUACUUUUUACUUUUUGCACACAUUUCGGAUCUUGGCCUACUGCCAUUCAAAAUGUCCCUCAAGGGAUUCACAACUUUCGUAAAGCAUUAUCUCUAUUGUGGAAUCCGUCGAACCAUCGAGAUUUAUGGAUUUUUACUUGGCGUGCAAAUCUAAUAUUGAAUUCGGCAUGGCAAUAAUUAUAAACAUGUUUUUAAAAUCCGGCCAAUAAAUUUAGCGAUAAAAUGAAAAAAUGAAAACACUAAAAACAUUCCCAUCUACAACAAAAAAGAACUUUAAACUUAAAGAUAAACUGCAUAUCUAGUGGUUAGCAACAAUAAAUGAAAAUAUAUAAAUUAUUAAAAUAAAAAUCAUAUUAAUUUUCCUAACUGAUUACAUUUAAGUAGGCUUUGAAAACAUUUUUCGAGAACCUCAGUUCUCGAUCAUAUCCGUUGAUUCAUUUCUGGCCUUAAAUUUGUGUAGUUCACACAGUGUUCAAAAAGUUUACAUUAUUAUUUUGUUUUCUUUUUUUUCAAAUUGUAUAAUUUCGAAUUUUUGGAUUUGGCGCAUUUUUCGUCGAAUUAGGUAUUUAAACUGAAGAAAGCAAAUUGUAUCAAUUUUUUUU